AUGCACAUAACCCCUCGCACCCUCCAAACCAUCGCCUGGUCCACCCUCGCAGUCUCGGCAGCGCGCGCCCAGUAUAUCAUAGACAACCUCAGCUUCGGCCAUAAGGAUGGCGUCUACAUCUCACCCGACCUGCGCGCCAUUCCCCACUUCGACGUCCAGGGCAUCGACGACUACAAGCCCCAGGUUCUCUCCGACCGCGUCAUCCUCACCCCUCCCUACCCUGGCAGCAAGCGCGGUGCACUAUGGGCAAACAAUCCCAUGCAUCACGGCGGCGACUGGACGGCCGAGCUGGACUUUAGGGCGACGGGCAUGGAGCGCGGCGGUGGAAGCCUGCAGCUCUGGUACGUCAAGGACAGCCAGGCGCACGACAGCCCCAACAGCUUGUACACUGCGCCCAAGUUCGACGGACUUGUCCUGGUCGUCGACCAAUAUGAGGGCCAUGGAGGCUCUGUGCGCGGUUUUCUCAAUGAUGGAACAAAAGACUUCAAGUUGCACCCUAACCUAGACACGCUCGCUUUUGGCAAGUGCGACCAUGCCUACAGGAAUCGCGGGCACCUUAGCACAAUCAAGCUGCGCCACGCAAACGGGCUGCUCGAGGUCACCGUUGACGGUGAUGCCUGCUUCAAGACCGACAAGGUCAAGCUCCCCCAGGACUACUACUUCGGUGUCAGCGCCUCGAGCGCAGAGAACCCUGACUCGUUCGAAGUCCACAAAUUCAUUGUGUCGACCACAAACUCGCACACCCGUGAAGAGCCCAACCACGAGCGCAUCCCUGAUGCGCGCAACCAGCAGCACCAACAGCCCGUUCAGAACCAGCCGCACCAAGAAUCCGCCCAGCAACAACACGCUCAGCAACAAGGCUCCCCGCCCAAGAAGAUGGCGUCCUCGCAGCAGAUCCCGCCCUGGAUUCAGGACGUUCUGGCCUCAAACGUAAAGACGCAAGACGACCAGUUCGCCGACCUGCACAACCGCAUCCAAGACAUCGCACACCACGUCUCCGCCGUCUACGCCGCCAUUGAAGCCCUCGACGAGAAGGCCGAGCACCGCCACAACGAACUCAUGUCGCACCUAGCGCCCCUCGACGACCGCACCGCACACAACGUGCGUCUAAGUGAGAAGACGGAAACCACCGCCAUGCAGAUAUUGCGCGACCUGGAGAGCAAAGACUACAAGGAUAUGAUCGGCCAGAUGCACCGCCGGCUCGAGGACAACCACAAGGACAUGCCUAAUGUCGUAAAGACUGUCGUCCAGCAGCACGGUCUCUCCUGGAUGAGCCUGCUCGCCAUCGCCUUCGCCGUCCAGAUCAUGGUCGUCGGCGCUUACCUCAUGUACAAGAAGAGGCGCUUCGGCGCGCCAAAGAAGUACCUGUAG